AUGGCAACCGGUGAAAAGCGUAUUGCAUUGAUAACAGGGAUAACAGGUCAAGAUGGGUCUUACCUAGCAGAGUUUUUGCUAGAGAAAGAAUAUGAAGUACAUGGUAUUAUAAGAAGAGCUAGUUCGUUUAAUACUACUAGGAUCCAACAUCUUUAUGCUGAUCCUAAAAGUCAUAAACAAGAAAAAAUGAAACUACAUUGGGGUGAUAUGACUGAUUCGAGCAGUUUAAUAAAAGUUAUUGCUGCUGUUCAGCCAACUGAAAUUUAUAAUCUUGCUGCUCAAAGUCACGUUAAGGUGAGCUUUGAACUGAGUGAAUACACCGGUGAAGUUGAUGCUAUUGGUACCGUUAGACUAUUGGACGCAAUAAGAACAUGUGGACUUGAAAAAAAAGUUAAAUUUUAUCAAGCAUCAACAUCCGAGCUUUAUGGUGGUAGAGAUGCAUCAGCACCACAAAAUGAAUCGACACCUUUUUAUCCACGUUCACCGUAUGCUUGUGCCAAAAUAUAUAGUUACUGGAUUGUUAUAAAUUACCGAGAAGCUUAUGGUCUAUAUGCAUGCAAUGGUAUUUUAUUUAAUCAUGAAAGUCCCAGAAGAGGUGAAAAUUUUGUGACUAGAAAAAUUACCAGAACUAUUGCGAAGAUUUAUUUAGGAGCACAAGAUGUAUUAGAGUUGGGAAAUUUAAACGCAAAGAGGGAUUGGGGUCAUGCCAAAGAUUAUGUUAAAGCGAUGUGGAUGAUGCUACAGCAAGAAAAUCCAGAGGAUUAUGUGAUAGCAACCGGUGAGAGUCAUAGUGUACGAGAAUUUGUUGAACUGGCCUUCCAACAUGUCAAUAUAAACAUUAUUUGGGAAGGCACAGGAGUUGACGAAGUAGGUCGUGAUAAAAAUAGUGGGAAAGUAUUAGUUCGAGUAAAUCCUAGGUAUUUCCGUCCAACGGAAGUGGGAAUGCUCCUUGGUGAUGCUUCAAAAGCCAAAAUGAAGUUAGGAUGGGAACCUUCAGUUUCUUUCAAAGAGCUUGUUGAAGAUAUGAUGAACGCUGAUUUGGCUUUGAUGAAAAAAGAUCCAACAGCUUGA